GACAGUAAUGGUAUCAACUAAAAAUAAACAAUGUCAGGCCCAGAAUGCUGUUCAAAUCCACCAACACUGAACCCGAGUGCAGGAACUGGCCAUGUUGAGAAACUGGCUGGUCUUGAUUCCUAUCUCACUGGCUCCCCUCACUCAAAAGUCGCCGUUAUUCUCAUCUCCGAUAUUUAUGGAUAUGAAGCGCCAAAUUUAAGGAACCUUGCAGACAAGGUUGCUGCUGCUGGGUAUUAUGUGGUUGUUCCUGACUUCUUCCAUGGUGACCCCUAUAAUCCUGAGAAUCCUGACAGGCCCUUACCCACAUGGUUAAAAGAUCAUGGAGCGGACGAAGGUUUUGAAGCCACAAAACCCAUAAUCGAGGCCUUAAAAAGUAAAGGUGUUUCAGCUAUCGGGGCUGCUGGUUUUUGUUGGGGUGCUAAGGUUGUGGUUGAACUUGCGAAAUCCAGACUUAUCCAAGCUGCUGUGCUAUUGCAUCCAUCAUUUGUCUCUCUGGAUGACAUCAAGGGUGUUGAUAUUCCAAUUGCUGUACUUGGAGCUGAGAUUGACAGAAUGUCUCCACCAGAGCUUGUGAAACAGUUUGAACAAGUCCUUACUGCAAAACCUGGGGUUGACAGUUUUGUUAAAAUAUUUCCUAAAGUUUCUCAUGGUUGGACUGUGAGGUACAACACUGAAGAUGCAGAAGCUGUGAAGACUGCAGAGGAGGCCCAUCAGGACUUGCUGGACUGGUUUGCUAAACUUCUUAAGUGAAAAUCUUGUUCUGUUGACUAUAUCAUCGUGUAGUAGAGUGGAGUAUGUAAAAUGCUACUUAAACCAUAGCUGGAGUUUACUAGAAAAUAAAUGUUGUAUUAUUGCUCGUUGGACAUGGAUCUUACACUCUUACAUUUGUUGUAAUAAUUUUGCUUUCGGUGCUUGAGAAAUUAUAUUUUAAGAA